GAAAGCCAGAACGCCCUCAACGCGCACAGCUAGCGACUCGGAAUACUGCUUUAUAUCAUACAUACAGGGCAGUAUAUAAGUCCGUCAGGAUGAGCUUUGUCUGAAGGGUCUCUUUCUUUUGUUGACGCGCUCCUUGCUGCUCAUUAUCGAACCUCGCUAUCUUUCGCAACGAUGACCGCCCCGACCAGGAAACUCGACGAUUUCGAGACACCCAUCUACCACUGGUUCAAGGAGGUCAUUCUCAACACGGAACAAGAGUCCUGGGGUAUCGAUGCUAAUCGCAGCCAGUUGCGCUUCGAAUAUGCAACCAGAGAACCUUCUCCUCGUGUCGCGUAUCUUCUGAGAGUGACCCCGGAUCUUUGCAAUCGAAUGGGCAACCUGCACGGUGGAUGCGCCGCAACUCUGAUAGACAAUCUCUCGAGCACUGUCCUUGCGUCCGUGUCGCGACCAGGACGCUUCUCCUUGGGUGGUGUAAGCAGGAAUCUUAAGGUCACCUACCUUCGCCCUAUACCAGAAGGCACGGAGAUCAGAAUUGUCAAUGAAGUGAUCCAUGUGGGUCAGCGACUUGCAUUGUUAAGAUCUGAAAUCUGGAGGACCGACACCAACGUUUUAUGUGCUAUCGGAGAACACGACAAAGUAAACACGGAUCCGGAAGCUUCCAAAAUCUAAUCUUCAUCUGGAUAGAUACCCAUUAGAUACGAAUGCUUACAGCCUUUUUGGAGAUACGCAUGGCUGAUCUACAACAAUAUUAUUUUUCGCUAAGGUUUAUAUGACGAGAUAACAUGAAAAGAAUGAUUGAUCAUAUGUUUCGCUUAGUACUAGAGCUCUUACGCAAUAGCAUCCAAUCAAUAACGGUGAUACCGGAUGUCCAAUAA